AUGCCUUGCUAUUUUAUUUCUACAGUACCGCGUGCCAAGAUGCAUUGUCUCUGCAAGCAAAAAUUUGUCGAAAGUACUUUCUGCAGACUCGUCGAGCCAAUACGAGUUUUGGCUCUUCAGCAUUCAAGAAUUAGAGUUGCUUCUCUGAGACAGAACUCACUAACUAGGGGCCCUACGAAAAUGAGGACUUUGUGCAGCUUGAGUGGAAUAUCAGCAAGAAAUGUUAGUAGUAAGAAAGCUGCUACGGGUAAAGAUUCAAAUGCAACUAGAGAAAGUACAAUCGAGGAUCUUGAAAAGUCCGAGUUUCUUUCAUUAGGAGUUUCGAAGCAAUUAGUAAAUAGACUGAAGGAAUCUGAAAUAACAGAGCCAGUUGAGAUCCAGUCACUUUCAUUGAGGGCAAUAUCAGUGUAUAGAAAUGUUGUUAUUCAUUCUGAAACUGGGUCUGGAAAAACAUUAGCUUAUUUGCUGCCAGUUAUUCAACAAGCAAAACACAUUUGCCAUACAAUAAUUGCAGUACCAACAAGAGAACUUGCAUACCAGGUUUAUAUAGAAGCAAGAAAACUUACACCUAAAAGUGACCUGGCUUGCUAUGUAUCAAAGCCUGGCAUUGAAAAUGAGUAUGAAAACCUGAAGCAGAAACCACCAAAAAUCGUAAUAGGAACACCAAAAAUACUUCUGUCUAUAAUAAGGGAUCACGAGUACCUCUUUUCCAAUGUAAGACGGAUCGUCACUGAUGAAAUAGAUAAAAUGUUACCACCUCUGCCAAAGGGUUUUAAGAAGUUGCUGAGAAGGAGGGAGAAAAGCCCGAAACCACUUACUGUACUUCUUGCUGUGAUUCAAGGAAUUGCUAAGAAACGAGUACAACAUAUAGCUUGCUCUGCAACUGUCAACCAACAAAUGAUUGAUACUCUAAAGGACAUUGGAUGGGGUUUUGGACUCAAGGUGAUUAAAUCUGAUCAGUGCAAUGAAAGAUCAGCAGUUGUACCAGAAUGUAUCAAGCAUAACUAUCUGAUGAUACCAGAUGAAAGCUAUGACACAAAAGCUGCUGCUCUUUCCAAAGUAUUUAUCAAAACUGGGAAAAAGCCAGUAUUGGUGUUUGUACAUAAAGACCAUUCAACCAGUGACUAUGUUGCUGAAAUGAGAGACCUCAACUUGAAUGCAGUUGCCCUUUACAAGGAGCUUUUAGGUGGUCAAAUUCAAAGCAUCAAACAAUUUUUACAAGAUUUCAGAACAGGGAAAAUAUCUGUGGUAGUGGCAUCCGAAGAAGAAGUUCGUGGAUUGGAUUUCAAGGAACUUGACCAUGUGUUUCUUUUCAACGUGCCAAGAUCAGCAGAAGAAUAUUUGCAUUUAGCUGGAAGAAUUGGACGUUUGGGGAGAGAAGGAAUGGUCACAACAUUAAUACCAGAGUUGAAUGAACCUGCAUUUGAAAGACUACAGUCAAUAUAUAAUGAAUUAGGUGUUUCUCCAAAAAAGAUUGUUACUUAAAAUCAGUAAAAAUUUGACUGAUGAUAACAAUGGAUGUGUAAGCUUGACAAGCUGAGCAGAAUUGUUAAACUUUCUUUGAUUCCUGAAUAAGAAAUGUUGCAAAGGAUAAGAACUUUUGCUUUCACUUUAUCAUUUGCUUAAAACAUCUAACAUUUUCUUUUCUUGAGACUUGCUACACAUUUUAUGCAAAUGACAUUGUCUUAAUAGGGAACUUUUUCCUUAAUGAAAAAACGUUGUA